CCAGCGGCCAUCUCGCACCCCUCACUCUCCGACGACUGGUGUGAGUCUCACCCCCGCUCUCGCUCUCCGACGACUGGUGGACCGCCGCUGCCGGUGCUCCCCGCGCCAGGUGCCGAGGCCUUGGUCGGUCUAUUCGCCGGCGACGAGCAUCCACCAGGCAAGCUUCUGCUGCUCUGCAUGCAAUGGUGAACUAAUGAUUAUUGUUGAUAACAGAAACUUGCUGUUGGGUUUUGUUCACAUAUUACAAUGGGCAGUCAAAGAUUUCUACAACCUGCAUUGCACAUCUUAUUAUUAGAGAACUACUCAAGUGGUUACUAACAUAAUGUGCUAGCCAGUCCAUAGUCUACCAUUUCUGCAACAACACCAACUUCUCUAUUUGUUUACAUGGAGUGCAACAGAGAUGAGGCUGCUAGAGCGAAAGCUCUGGCAGAAAGAAAAAUGAUGGACAAGGAUUUUGUUGGUGCAAAAAAGAUGAUUAUCAGGGCGCAGCAACUUCUCAAAGAAGUGGGUGACGUUGACAUUCCAAAAAUGUUAACUGUCUGUGAUGUUCAUUGUGCUGCUGGAGCUAAGGUAAAUAAUGAGAUUGAUUGGUAUGGAAUACUGCAAGUACCUGUAAAUGCUGAUGAUGCACUGAUAAAGAAACAGUAUCGUAAGCUUGCGCUUUUGCUACAUCCUGACAAGAACAAGUUUGGAGGUGCAGAGGCAGCAUUCAAAUUAAUUGGAGAAGCAAACAUAACUCUUACAGACCGGUCAAAACGCUCUGUGCAUGACAUGAAAAGAAACACCUUCAGAAGCAUUAUAACGAGACCCAAUCAUCAGCCACCAAAAAGACCUGCACCUGCUAGAUCUAGUUCUACUCCUGUGAAUCUCCACAAUAUGCAUCAGCAACAUCAGCACCAAGCCUCAAAUCCUACAGGGCCGCAAACAACAUUUUGGACUAUUUGUCCAGCUUGUGGCAUGAGAUAUCAGUACUACCUCUCGAUCUUGAAGAAGGCUUUGCGCUGUCAGAAUUGUUUGAAGCCAUUUAUUGCACAUGAUUUGAAGGAUCAAGCUAUUCCUUCUGGGGCAAAUCAGCGAUCUGCUGGGGUUUGGAAAAAUGCAGGUGGACCACAGAAUUUUACAGGCCAAUCAAAUGUCACUGGUCAGAAAGGUUGGUCUGCCACUCCAGGAGUUCAUGUUAAUAUCGGUUCUCAUCAUGCUAAUGUACAUACAAAGAGGGAAACUGAUGGUAAUGCAGGUGGGCUGAAAAACAAAAAGAAAUCUGCCCGGGCCACCAAGAAUCCUUCAAAAGCUUCAACUGCUGGAUUGAAAAGGGGCAGGAGGGCAGUAUUUGAAUCUAGUGAGUCUAGCAUUUCAGAAACCAGCAGCGACAGUGAGGAAGAGAUUCUCAAACAUGGUCCUUCUGAAAAUAGUGCAGGGCGAGGUCAACAAACUCGCAGAUCUAGCAGGCAGAAGCAAGAAGUUAAGUAUAAUGAGGAUAGUGGUGAUGAUAAUGAUGAUGCUGAAGAUGACGAUAACACGGUUAAGGAUGAUUUUGUGGAUUCUCCUGCUUUGAAGAGGUUAAGAAAAAAUGGUCUGUUCCAUGGUGAUCAAAGCAAUAAAACAGCAAACCUGAAUGAAGAUAUCGCUGGCCAUAAUGGUCCUAUAAAUGGUGUCAGUAACUGCAGUAACAUGAAAGAUACAAUGAAUGCUUCCAAUGGAGUUGAACAGAUGAAGAGAGAAACGAUGCAUGCUGGAGAAAAUAGUGAUUGCAAAGAAAAGCUAUUUCGUUCUGUCAGCACCAUUGGUCCCGUUCAAAAUGAUGAUGAUGCUUCAGAUGAUAAUAAAUUCACUUUCCAAGAUCCAGAAUUUUUUGAUUUCGAUCAACUUCGAGAUGUAAAUCAAUUUAGAGCCAACCAGAUCUGGGCUGUCUAUGAUGAUCAAGGCUGUAUGCCUAGAUUUUAUGCUCGAAUCACAAGGGUAAAAGUUAUUCCAAAGUUUCUGCUGCAUUUUGUUUGGCUGGAGUUUGAUCCUGCAAAUAAAGCGGAGGAGGCAUGGUCUUGCAGGGGUCUGCCUGUUGCCUGUGGACACUUUAAGCAUGGACAGUCAGAGACAACUAAAGAAACUAGUAUGUUCUCUCGGACUAUAUCUUUUGAGACAAGCAAGGGAAAAAACUGCUAUGAAAUAUAUCCAAGGAAAGGUGAAGUUUGGGCCCUUUUUAAGGGAUGGGAUAUUGGUUGGAGCUCAGGUGCUGGCAAUCACAAAAAUUUGAACCAUCAGUAUGAAGUUGUUCAAGUCCUGUCUGAUCUCACCACGAGCACUAGCAUUAUUGUCAUGCCGCUUGUGAAGAUAAAAGGCUUUGUUAGCUUAUUUAUGCAGUCCAGAGAGGCAGCUCCAUAUGUGAUACCUCAUGGUGACACACUAAGGUUCUCUCAUUGUGUCCCGCAUCAUUUGAUGAGCGGAACUGAAAAAGAAGGCAUUCCAGAAGGAUCUCUUGAACUUGAUCCUGCAGCGCUUCCCUUCAACUUGGAAGAGGCUUUUCCUUCUGCUAACCCAGAAUGCAGUUCUGUAAGAAGUCAGGAUAUUGAAGGUCGCAAAGGAUCCAUGAAUGUGGGGCAGGGGCAACAUACAAAAUCCGUGAAUGCAGGGAUCCCUAUAAAGACACCAAAGGAAGAGAAAAUCAAGCAUAAGACUCAUCUACCUGAAGUUACAGAUGUCGAUGACGAUGACGAUGACGAUGAUGAUAACAUUUGCCAAACAGAGUAUGUAUGCACUGAGUCAGAAUUCUAUGAUUUUACAGAAAUAAGAUUGCUCCAAAGGUUUUCACCUGGGCAGAUCUGGGCUCUCUAUAGUGAUAUAGAUAAAUUCCCCAAUUACUAUGCAUUCAUACAGAAAGUUGAUCUCAAGAAUGAUAAAGUACAAGUUAGAUGGCUGGAUGUCUGUCCUCAAGGAGAAGUGGAGAAAAGAUUGUCCCAAGAAGAACGGACCAUUGGCAUUGGAACCUUUAGGCUUUCCAAUGUCCUCGAGAUGAUGACUUACACUGGUACAGAUGCCUUUUCUCAUCGUGUUGAGGCCAGAUAUGCUGGCAGAAAAGGCGAAUAUGAAAUACUUCCUCGUCUUGGUGAGAUAUGGGCGGUUUACAAAAACUGGGGGCCUGGAUGGACUGCUCAGGAUUUUGAAAAAUGUGGAUAUGAACUGGUGGAGAUACUUGGCCAUACUGAUUCCUCCAUACAAGUUCAGCUUCUGAGGAAGGUGGAUGGUUAUAAGAUGGUAUUUAUGUCAUGCAGAGCUAAGGGUUCUGUGAAGACAAUAAGGAAGGAUGAGUACCCCAAGUUCUCUCACCAGAUUCCCUGCUUUCAUCUCACACAUGAAAAAGGUGGCAAGCUUCGAGGCUAUUUGGAGCUCGAUCCCUUAUCAGUACCAGAGGAAUUUCUCAACUGAUUUGAUCUGAGAUAAACCUUAUCAGCAACGAAUCUGGAGCCUUCUUGUGAUGAAGUUUCUGGAGCUGAAGCUCAGUGAAUGUUAAGGUCCACAAUUCAACAUUGUUCAAGUGACACUGAUAUAAGAUGUCUAUUUCAGCAUUCGUAGCACUAACGUUCUUAAGGUGGACUAGCAAUCUGCACAACGAAGGCAUUGACUGUUGGACUUUUUGCUGGAUAGCUGUACUGCAGCUGCAAUUCACAAGUCGAGUAAAUUGUUUGUAGCUAGCUUUAGCUGUAUCUAGGGUCUUAGUUGGUGUAAAAACUGCCACUUUUCUUCUCUUGUAGUGUACUCUGGUAGUACUGUGUUUGAACUGUGGGAUGCCAGCCUGAUUAAUUAUCAGAAGAGUUCUUUUGGCCACCCUUCCCUGGAACUGUAACAUAAAAUCGAGAUAAAGCCAGGUCAGGCUGAUGAUCAGUGUGUUAUGCUUGUGUUGCUUUGCAUGGGACAAAUAUGACAUCCUCCUGCGGCUUAUCAUUUGUAUUCGCAUCUCCCUGUAAAGUUACAUGUCUAGAUUUUGAUAUGGUCAUUUCUUUUCUUGAA